AUGCUAUCAGACAAGGAAUUAUACGACCUUAACAAGAAGGCCGUUACGGAGGGCUUUAAAAUCAAACCAAGACUAAACUACAACACGGUUGGUGGUGUUAAUGGUCCAUUGGUGAUUCUAGAAAAGGUCAAGUUUCCUCGUUUUAAUGAAAUUGUUAACCUAACGCUACCAGACGGUACCGUUAGGCAAGGUCAAGUUUUGGAAGUGAGAGGUGACCGUGCAAUCGUGCAAGUUUUCGAGGGUACUUCCGGUAUUGAUGUUAAAAAGACUACUGUCGAAUUUACUGGUGAGAACUUGCGUAUCCCAGUAUCUGAAGAUACUUUGGGUAGAAUUUUCGAUGGUUCUGGUAGACCUAUUGACAACGGUCCAAAGGUUUUUGCCGAAGAUUACUUGGACAUCAAUGGUUCCCCAAUCAACCCAUACGCUCGUAUUUACCCAGAAGAAAUGAUUUCCACUGGUGUUUCUGCUAUUGAUACCAUGAAUUCUAUUGCUCGUGGUCAAAAGAUUCCAAUCUUUUCCGCUUCCGGUCUUCCUCACAAUGAAAUCGCCGCCCAAAUCUGUAGACAAGCCGGUCUUGUUAGACCAACUAAGGAUGUUCACGAUGGUCACGAAGAAAAUUUCUCCAUUGUGUUCGCAGCCAUGGGUGUGAACUUGGAAACUGCUAGAUUCUUCAAGCAAGAUUUUGAAGAAAAUGGUUCUCUUGAGAGGACUUCCUUGUUCUUGAAUUUGGCUAACGAUCCUACCAUUGAAAGAAUUAUUACCCCAAGAUUGGCUUUGACUACUGCCGAAUAUUUGGCUUACCAAACCGAACGUCAUGUCUUGACCAUCUUGACCGAUAUGUCUUCUUACGCUGAUGCUUUGAGAGAAGUUUCUGCCGCCAGAGAAGAAGUCCCUGGUAGAAGAGGUUACCCUGGUUACAUGUAUACCGAUUUGUCUACCAUUUACGAAAGAGCUGGUAGAGUGGAAGGUCGUAACGGUUCUAUCACUCAGAUCCCAAUUUUAACCAUGCCCAACGACGAUAUCACUCACCCUAUUCCGGAUUUGACUGGUUACAUUACUGAAGGCCAAAUUUCCGUCGACCGUCAACUACACAACAAGGGUAUUUACCCACCAAUUAACGUCUUGCCAUCCCUAUCCAGAUUAAUGAAAUCUGCCAUUGGUGAAGGUAUGACUAGAAAGGACCAUGGUGAUGUGUCCAACCAAUUGUACGCUAAGUACGCUAUUGGUAGAGACGCCGCUGCUAUGAAGGCCGUUGUUGGUGAAGAAGCAUUGUCUAUUGAAGAUAAGCUCUCUCUAGAAUUCUUAGAGAAGUUCGAAAAGACCUUCAUUUCUCAAGGUGCAUACGAAAACAGAACUGUUUUUGAGAGUUUGGAUCAAGCCUGGUCCUUGUUGAGAAUUUACCCUAAGGAAAUGUUGAACAGAAUUUCUCCAAAAAUUCUAGACGAGUUUUAUGAUAGAGCUAGGGACGAUGAUGAAGAAGAGGAAGAGCAAGAACAAGACAAGAAGCCUCAGGAGGAAUCUCUAAUUUAA